GUACAGUGCGCGACUAUCAACUUGUGGACGUCUCUUCACGAUGAUUGGCAGCUGUUUUUCCACUAUCACUAGUCUAUAAUCUUCUUAUAUCAGUUGUCCAAAACUACUGUAAAUAUGGACAUUAGAAGGAGGACAACCUAUUUGUCUCGAGGUGUCGAUGGCCGUCCGUCGCACAACUACAGUUCAUUCUUUCAAUCUGCACAGAAAAAAUAUUGCAAUGCAGAUCCUGAAAGUGGUAUUCGUCUCGUUGGACCAAUGUUUGAACUAACUGCUUGUGUAGAGCUUAAAGGAGACGAGGAAGAUUUUGAAACGAUGUACCCGGAUACAUCACUUUCAUUCGGCCCAACUAUUUGUUCAUUUGGCCUGAAGUAUAACGAUCAUAAUUACGCCCUUCCUUCAGGAUUGACUCCUCCCUCAAUGGCACCCCAUUUAAUGGAUCUUCAAGUUCCGAAAAAUAAAUUUUCAGAUACAAAGCUGAACAAUCCCUGUUCAAAAAAUUUGUUUGCUCAAAAGUCAGGUUGUAAAUUAGGGGCUGAAGAUAUUGGACAAAAACAUAAUAUUGAUAAGCGUUUCGAUAGGCAAAGUUCACUUACUUUUAAACGCUCCACACUCGAAGGGAAUGGUAUGUACAGUAGUGAUGGUAAAAAGCACUCUAGUGGACUAUGGUAUUCUAAAUCCAUAGAUCUCGAUGACAAAUCGAUGGCGGAUAGUGAUUCGAAGGAUCAGUAUAUGCCUUCACGAUUUGGCUCACAAAUUUCCAAUUAUGAACAAAUGGAGUUACGAUGUGAACCUGAGUUGAAGGUUAUUGAAGUGCCUGAAGAACUGGCAGUUUCACCUUCUCAGUUAAGUGAUUUGGAUAGUGACACAUCAGAAGUAGAUUAUAUUGCAAAGAUCGUUAUUCCUUCCGAUGGAUCAUAUAUUCAGCCGGCUGUUGAUAACGCUUGGGUCGGUAAUAAUGUAUGGGCUGAUGUCCGCUGUGUGUGUGGUCACUCUCAACCUAAAUCUGGACUUAUACGAUGUCCCAAAUGCAGUACUUGUCAACAUGUACAGUGUAUGGAGUCAUAUUAUAAUGUUACUAUGCCUCGAUUGAGUGAUGGAUAUACCUGCAAUGUAUGUGGAAAUGAAAGUACUGAAUUUCAAGGUACAUCUAACCAAUCAUCGGACACAACAACAAAUGCCAAUGCAAACAAGGAUUGUGUUGCUCUAAAUGAUGAUACUACGAAUUUUAUUGAUGCUGCUAAUAAUUCGUCAAUAAAAUUGACUCAAUCUUCUGAUGGGAACAUUGGAGCUCAGUAUGUAGAAGUUGCUGCUGAUAGAGCCAAAAGAUUGGGUCUUUUGUCGAAUAACUGCAAACUGGAUGCUGAUGGUUCUACGUUUUCUGGGUCUUGGUCUGGUCACUCUGUUGUAAAAGAACAUGAUACUACUGGACGUUCUGGUUGGUCAUCUGUGAAUUGGGAAAAAUUGAACGAAAUUUCUCGUUCCGGUCGCAGGCAUCAUGGUGAUACAGAUGUCAAUUUGAGAAUGCCAUCUCCUCCAAGAGCAUCCAAGAGGAAGCAAGACCUAACUUCUACAUCGUAUAAUGACACAGAAGUUGCCACAGCCGAUUCGUCUUCUGAACAAAAUUCCAACACUACCGUUAUUUUACCAAAUAGUGGUGAUGAGUCAUCUUCUGUAGAUGUAACACCUUCGAGCACACCGUCAAAUACUCCAAUGAAACCAGGGACUUUACCACUCACUCCUGUUACUCCCACAAGUACACCUGGUGGCACGCUUACACCUGGUUCUGGAUACAGUAGUUCUUCAGGUGUAGAAGGCAGUCCACGUCGUCACAGACUAGGUAUUGAUCGUUCAACUAAUAAAGUCAGAAGAGUUCUGUUUCCCGAUGGCUCCAAUUCAACGAAGCGUCGUUUCGACGCUCGAACUAAUCCUCUUGGUGCAGCUUGGGCUAAGGACUAUCAGGAAGCUGAAAAUAAUGUUUAUACGAAAGCUCUGCUCGAACGUAUACAGAGUAGAAUAUCUGCUAGCGUUGAACGAAAUCAUAAAAUACCCCCAGCAUGCUUAACUCGGAGUUCGCUUUGUCGAGUUGUCCUCUUUGAUCAUAAUGAUAAGGGCUUAGAAGCAUCAAUCAGAUUAGCACCGAAUGAAGUUGUGACUGAAGUCCGAGGUCAUUUCUUACUGAUGGAAGAAUAUGAACACUAUGUAGAUCCCGUUUCCGACUAUAAUCGUUACGUUAUGUUUUAUCGUGGGUUCGGCGAUCGGACGGUUGUCAUUGACUCUGGUCAAUAUGGAAAUAGUGCACGAUUUGUUCGACGUUCAUGUAUACCAAAUUGUAGACUCGAACAUUACGUUGUUCAAAAUAAACUUAAAAUUGUAAUUCGUACAUCUGUUGAAGUAAUGCCCGGGACUGAGUUAACCAUACCUUUUGACUUGGACUACCGAGCGUGUCGUUAUCCUUUGGAUUGUGCUUGUGCAAGAUCUCGUUGUCCUGUUCUAAAGUGGCGACGAAAAUUACUUCGAAAUAAAGUGGUGCCUAAUUUGGAUUAUAGUAAAUAUAUUGAAUCACAGCUUAGAGUACUUUCCAAACCUUUAUCUCAAGAAAGUCCAACAAAUAGAUCCUUUGAUUCCAGUAGUUUAACAGCAUCUCCAUUAGUAAAAACAUCUGCCACUUCAAACAGUGCUGUUAAUCAACCUAUCGGUCUAUCACCAAAUAUUAAUUACAAUUUGUAUAAUAUAAAAUCAUCACCGGGUACUUUCCGUAAAGAGGUUGAGCUACCCAUCCACGACUGUGAUUCUUUGAUUGCUGAAAAAACAAAUCAGAGUGAUUUAGAUUUAAAUAAAACUGAACAUUUAAACAGUUCUGUUUCCUUGAACUGUACAUCGUCUUCUACGGUUAUAAAUCAAUGUGAAAGUAGUGAACAUGUUAACUUAGAUCUUAUCAAUUCUGAGAGUAAGAAUGUUACCGAAUCUGAUUUCGUAACUGACGAAAAUCAAAUUCCUGAAACUUCUCAACCUGUGGAUAUAUCAGCUGAAAGCAAUUCAAGAACGUCUUCAACGAAGAUUAAAGAUACUUCAUUUCGGAAAAAUCAAAAUACGAGUGAGGAAAAACUGCCUUUCGAACCUAUCAUUACUACAAGAAGGCAGGCUGCAGCUAUGAAAAAUAUCUUAAGAUAGUGGAUGUUCAAAGCUUUGACUGCUAGCAAGGUCGAAAAUUAACAAAUGGCUUACAGCCGUCAUUUUCCAGUCUAACGUUUCACUUUAUCGGCUGAUUCUUAAGGAAAGACAAAAUAGUGUGGUUACGUACGCAUUCUGCUGGUGGUUAAUUGAUUGGGCGUGUUAAAAAUCCCCUUUAAUCAAUUGUAGGAGGUUACGCCGAGAUGUCGUGAAUGCUGCGCAAGAUCGCCUAAAGGUUUUUUCGCCUUCACUGUGGCAUUGAUUUUCUGAAUUACACAGCUCUAGGUGGGUUAUAACACGUUCAUAAUAACAUUUUUGCUAGCCGGUAUUCAAUUCAAUCCUUAAACUUCCUAUACAGUUCGUCCUGAUAACCGUCACUAGAUAACGCUCCAAUGGUGUAAUAAUCAGAAGCUGAAUAGGAAGUGUUGGUUACGUUUAUUAUUGCACCACGCACAGAUAACCAAAAUUACAGGUGCGCUAAACGAACAUGAAAGAGUAGUGCCGACAAGCAAGCAGACAAGUGAGUGAGUGUGAGAGCCGAAUGAGCAACUGAAUGAACAGAAUUAAAAUGUACAUCUAUAUACAUAGGGAAAUGAGUGAAUAAUCUAAUCAAUUAAGCGACUGACAUUAAAGCUAGCAGAAUGAAUAUGUGCGUCGGCAGUAAGCAAUCCUCAAGCAUACAUAUUCAUACACGUGCAAUGAUUUGUUAUUGUACGAAUGACUCCGCUAAAUAAGUUAACAAAAGGUCUUAGCCAAAUUAAAUGUGAACAAACACAGUUGCACGUGAGCUGCUAUACAUUAAAAACUUAUGUAGUGUCUGCGUUCGAUGUUUUUAGUGAGAAGGGUUACGUUCGUCAUUUCUGAUCUUAUGUAUUUAUAUGCGUCUACUAUACAACUUAUUGUUUUUAGGACCGAAAGCAGGCUAAGAAAUAUUGAUAUUCAUAUGAUUUUAAUCACAGUAUAAACUAAAUAAACAGGGGCAAUUAGCAGUUGAGAGUUAUCCUUCAAUUCAUAUGAGUGGUUAAAAUGGUGAUUAUCAAUGAAAGUUUAUAAUUUCAACCUUAUUUACAAAUAGAUCUAGAUAAGAAUCGAAGCCUCAGACUGGUUCUUUUGGACUGCAAGCAUGUGUUCUAGAAUAACCUUGAGCUUUCCCUCUUUUUGUUAUAAUUUGAUGAAUACCGUAUGGAAGGCAGAUUUACAUUGUGAUCCUGCAAUCUUAUAUUAUCCCCAACCAUCUUUGAUCUUCUGUUAGCUGUUUUACCUUCUUUUGUAUACUUAAUAUGGUCACUGGUGAACCAUAUUAAUAGUGCCUGAGAAGUUUAUUAACAUAUUAAAGGCCUUAUAUACAAACACCUCAGGCAGAGUAAGGGCAUGCAACCACCUUUCUCCAUUAUUCUAUUCGAGCAGUGGGGUUAGACAGGGUUGCCCAAUCUCACCAUUCCUCUUCAACUUUGCCAUCGAUGACAUUCUGGAAGCUCCUCUAAUGGAUGUAAGUAAUGGCGGUGUGGGUCUGUUGCCUGGAGAAAGACUUCUCGACCUUGAAUAUGCGGAUGAUAUUUUCUUACUGUGCGAGAAUGCCCAAGCCAUGCAAUCCGCAUUUAAUCAGUUGGCAAUCAAUGUCCGUAGGUAUGGUAUAUGCUUUGCACCUUCGAAGUGCAAAGUACUUCUACAAGACUGGCAGGAUUCUAAUCCCGUACUCACCCUGGAUGGUGAGCAGAUAGAAGUAGUCGAGAAGUUCGUGUAUCUAGGUAGCUGCAUAAGUGCUGUUGGUGAGGUGAGUGAUGAGAUCAAUGCACGUAUAGUGAAAGCCAGAGUGGCUUACGCCAAUCUGGGCCAUCUUGAGCGCCUUCGUGAUGUUAGUCUGGUUGUAAAAGUUCGGAUCUACAACGCGUCGGUGAGAGAAGUUCUGCUCUAUGCUUGUGAAACCUGGCCUCUCUGAGCUGAGGAUGCUGGACGACUGUCUGUGUUCGAUCAUCGCUGUCUCCGAAGGUGUUAUAAUUUUCUCUUACAGUUUUAACCCAGCUAUUCCUAUUGCUUAGUAUUCGCGGACACAGAUUCACUCGACAAGUCCCCAAAUCAGAACACGGUUGAACAGGAAAGAGAUUAUAUUCCAAAUAACAAGGUUAGAUGGAAGUGAGAAGCACAAUAGGAAAACCGUUAUUAUCACAGCCCUCACACAAAUCAAUUGAGAUUUGUGUGGCGCAUAUGUAUUUGGUGCCUUCUUGUACCGAUAUCUAUGUGUUAAAAUAAAUAAAUAAAAUUAUAAACAAAUAUUUAAAUUUGUUUUGGAUAACCAAACACGAUGUCAAUAAACAUCACGGUUGCUAUUCUGUUAUAAAUUAAUCUGUGACUGCUUAAAGUACCUUAUGUUUUCUCUAAAGAAAGUGCUCAUGUUAUUCAUAUACGUUAAGGAAUAAAUGAAUUCCUGUCUGUAAAUUCUAAUGCGUUUUUAAAUUUUAUAUACCUAAUGAGAACAUAUGUUUGAUACAGAUUUAAAACAAUUAAGUUUGUAAAAAAGCCCAAAAAUCAAUAAGAUUUAUCCAGCCUUUUGUGCGUUAAAGAAAAUUGUUUUCUUCGUAUAUCAUCUUAUUCCAGAUAGAGGACAUGACCCCUUUAUACGACUGAAAUUUUUAAAAUGUAUUUAUAUAAACAUGAAGAAAAUCAAUGCACAUAGUUUCAUAUGGUCAUCUGUAAUAAAUCAAAUUAAUACUGAAGAGAACCUGUAUGCAAGUUAUUUUUAUAUACCGUAUGAUGUCUUUGUGGUGUGUCUGUUAACUCACUACAGUUUGAAUAUAUUUUUAGCUCACAUAACAUCACAUGCAAAGGACGAGUUGAAAUUGUACGUUAAUCGUAAUUUUUUUACUCCAGAUCACAAGGCACUCGAUAGAUAAAAUUCUUCAUAGUUGUUCGGACUUAAGUACUUCACAGGCGUUUAGUCAUCUUAAAAAAAUAAAUAAAAGUCUAGCAGAAUAGAUCUACUUAAACAGAUAAAAAUUACUUUUGAACUGUUUUUCUGUUCAAUGUUUUUAUUGUCGCCACAGUAUUUAAUUGGAAAAGUAUCCAUUCCCCUAAUGGUUAUAAUAGUUUUAAGAGGAUAAAAGUACUUUAUAACCUUUAAGACAACUUAUUUUCAAAUUAGCACAACUAAGCAUAGUGUGAGAGCUCAGUCGGAAUAAUUACAACACCUAAACAUUGUGUCUGCUCGUCAUUAUUAUGGGGUAAUUCAAACGUAGACAUUCUUCAAUUAGGUGAUGUUGAGUUGUAAAUUUUCCGAACUUUAUUCGAAUGCAGUUGCAUCUGUUCAUAACCUUUUAUUAUUUUGAUAUGUUUGAUUUAUUUCAGCUGUUCUCUCAGUUCUCUAUUAUUUUCGAAAGUAUGUUUUUAUCCCACUCAGCUGACUCAUUUGAAAUCAACGAGAUUCAACUAAUGCACAUCAAUAUCUUUAACUAAAUGUGAUAUUUAAAAUAUCUACGAAACAAGUCCUUUUUUAUGUAGAUUGGGAACUUGAGGUCGCAAUAACAAAUUUACAACUGGUUCCUUAUUGAUAGAUUAGAAUAUACUUUAGAUCGAAAAGAAGUUAUUUUAUCUUGGCGACUAGUGAAUAUAUUGAAUAGAACAAUAUGCGGAAUCGUUCAAUUAAAACUCGCAUUCUCUGACUAAGCCAAUAGCAUUGAUUCCCACAACUCAGCUGUGGUCUAUUCUAAUAGUGAUGGACCUACACAGAUUUCUCCCAGUCAGAACACAAGUGAAGAGAGUCGAUGUACCCUGUAUUAUUCUCAUUUGAAAAACCACAUGAAUAUGUAUACUAGACAUAAGAUCACAACGCACCAAAAAUAAGGAAUCUCAAUAUGUACACAACCAGGUCGUUCGUGGUACGAAACUAAGUACUUACUUACGUUUGUUACUCCUAAUGGAGCAUAAGGUGCCGACCAGCACUCUCCAACCCACUCUGUCUUGGGCCUUCUUUUCUAGUUCCAUC